GCAUGCUCAGUCGCCACCCGCGUCGCGCUCGGAGGGAAACCUCUGCCCGCCUCCCCGCAGCCUGCCGCUCCGGUGCCUCCCGGCUUGCUCCGCUCCACGCGACCCAGAUUCCUGCCCCGCCCCCCCCUGCACCGCAGCCUGUGCUGCAGCCGCGGCCACCCCUGUCCGGCCGUCGGUCGCCUCCGCCGCGCGCGCAGCUGAAGCGCCUGGGAAGGCGGAGAGGGGGACCCCGCUGUCGCGUGCCGGGACCUGCUGAGCUUUCGGUCGCCGCCGGAGUCCGGCCUACGCUGACUCUGACAAAGGUAAAUUUGGAAGAAUUACUAGAGGACAGCUUGGGUAAUACCGGUAUAUUCAAACCGUCACAAUGAAGCACUUUGUGAGGGCAGAAGGUGCAGGGUCCUAUAAGUGCCCCAGAAUUUGAUUAGCAUCGCUUGAGACAUUGACUGAGCUUAUGAGAAUGGGAAGGUUUAUGGCACAUCCAAAAACCUCUUUCACUGCAGUCUCUUCUAGAAUUCUGUUGGAAGGGUGCUGUCUUUUGUUUUUGACAGAAUGUUGAUCCAUGUGUGCCUGUAUUUUUACUGUAAAUUUCUGUGGCGCUGCCUGAAAUUUGUAAUGAGGAAGCUGACAGGAAGAUGUGAACUACAACGGAUCUGUUACAACACCAAGCCUGGUGCUUCUAGAACCAUGAAAAUCGAAACAUCACUGAGGGAUUCAAAAAGUAAACUGUUGCAGACUUCAGUGAGUGUUCACCCUGAUGGUAUUGAAAAAACUGUGGAAGACAUCAUUGAAUUGAAAAAAAUUAACCCCGACAUAAAUCCACAGUUGGGAAUCUCUCUUCAGGCUUGCCUUCUGCAAAUUGUUGGGUACAGAAACCUGAUUGCAGAUGUGGAAAAACUGCGCAGGGAGCCCUAUGAUUCUGAUAAUCCCCAACAUGAAGAAAUGCUUUUGCAGUUAUGGAAAUUAUUGAAGCCCAAUACUCCUUUGGAAUCUCGGAUUUCUAAACAAUGGUGUGAAAUUGGUUUCCAAGGUGAUGAUCCUAAAACAGAUUUUCGAGGAAUGGGACUUCUGGGACUGUACAAUUUGCAGUAUUUUGCAGAAAGGGAUGCUAUAGCAGCUCAGCAGGUCCUUUCGGAUUCUCUUCAUCCAAAAUGCAGAGAUAUCACUAAGGAAGAAAUAAGCAAGUUCAGCAAAGCAGAAUGGGAGAAGAGAAGGAUGGAUAAAGCAAUUGGGUACUCAUUUGCAAUUGUGGGCAUCAAUAUAACUGAUCUGGCAUACAAUCUGCUUGUGAGCGGAGCUUUAAAAACUCAUUUCUACAACAUAGCCCCAGAGGCUCCAAUGCUGUCUCACUUCCAACAGACAUUCUGCUAUUUGAUGCACGAGUUUCAUAAGUUUUGGAUUGAAGAGGACCCCAUGGACAUAAUGGAAUUUAAUCGUGUGCGUGAGAAAUUCCGCAAGAGGAUCAUAAAACAGCUUCAGAACCCAGACAUGGCCUUGUGCCCGCACUUUGCUGCCUCAGAAGGGCUCAUCAACAUGUAGUCACCCACGUGGUUUACAUGGGUAUUCCGGACACUGCCUCAUUGUCAUAGUAGAUCUCUGCUUAGGCCUCGGCUCAUGCACUGAAUGCACACAGUGAUUGUAUGCAUGCCUUUUGGUACAGUAUUUUCAUCUCUUGGUCAUAAUUACCAGAACCCCAGAUACUCCUAUUUCUGGAGUAUCUGUCAUCCAGUGACUGUUCAUAUCGUGGAAUUAUGCAGUGUUACAUCUUGCCUUGACACCCAGGGAUGGAGAGAGUUUUCUAUUUUUUUAGAUUAUUUUCCUCCCCCUCAUAAUUCAACAUCGAAGAAUUGUAUUUCUCUAGCUGUAUUUUGUAUGUAAGAGAAUUAGCUGAAUCUUGUCCUGUGAAAGCCUUUUAAUUUAUUGCUAUUUCAUGACUACUGCUGCUAUCUCUUCAAGCCAGGUUCAUGCUUGGACCUAAUUCCAAUAAAGUAUAAGACUUUAAAAUAAUACAAACAGACAGACACAUGAUAAGCCAAACCAUUCCUGUAAACACAGCUGGCUUCAUGAAAAUGUAACAUGUAACAAGGCUUACAAGAAGCAAAUUUAGGUAGGUGCUGUUUUGUUGGGAGGACAGCAGGAUCAUACUGCAGCUUACCCCAGUACGACUGUUUUAUAGCCACUCACCUGGAUAUCAAAUUAUUUUAUUCCCAUAAUUUUACUACCUUGGAUGCCUAAAUAUGUGUAUGAUGCUUGGAGCCUCAGAAAGGAAGUAUGCAAAAUAUUUUUCACUGCCUGCCUCUUGCCAAACUCAAGAGUUACACCCUGGCACUAUUCUGAUCCAAGCAUCUGUGCUUGGGGAACUGAGUACUGACUGAUUCGUUUUAUAUGUCAAGAUGUCAUAUUAAAAACAAUUUUCAAGAAAAUGUGUUGCAAGAGAGGAACCUAAGCUAUGCUAUUCUGUAACACUUCUUGAAAAUAACGACCUUGUCUUGUAUCAGUGGAAGAAGAAAAUUGCUUGAGGGAGAGAAACAUCAAAUCAUUCCAAAAACUGCUAAAAAUUAUUUUUAAAACCAUGACUUAGUUUGGAACUAUGAUUGUAGUCUGUUGAAUAGUAUUUACCAUGGCAUUUCAUACCCAUGGUAUUUUAUACCUUCUAUCAAUUUUAGUAUUAUUAGAUGUUUGUGUAAUCACUAGCUUAUUUAAAUGAAUUUUGAGUACUGCCUAACUGUCAGUUAUACGAAUAAACUACAUGUCAUUCUACUGUAACAUACAGUGGAUGUCUUUUAAUACAGCUUCUGAAUAUGCAAAUAUGUGAGUGGGUACAAUGUCAAAGACAGACAGCCUAGAGCUGAAUAUAAAUCAUGCCCUCACCGAGGGUAACCAGGUGUAAAUUAGAAUGUGUCAUGUCUGAGAGACUUUAGUGACUCGACGCCUAGUAGUGUUCUCAUGAAAGAGUAAAAUCCAGCUUUUUCUUUGUCAUUUCCCACACAGCCUGUUUGUCUACUGUUAGAUGGCUGACAAAGGAAACUCUUGAGUUUGGAAAGAGGCAGGCAGUGAAAAAACUUGUGCAGCUUUUGAAGUAUGCAUACUUCUUUUCUGAGGCUCCAAGCAUCAUGAAGCUGCCUGUUUCUUGGCCUUGCGGGCCCCUCUGGGAUGUUGCCAUCCUGCCCCUUUCGGCUGUGUGCCAGGUGACCUUAUUGUGCAUUGCAUCUGUGCCCUUUCCUAGAAAGGGGGCGGGAAGGGGCUGCUGAAUGCAUGGUGUGUACCCUGAGUAACGAGAAAAACCCAUAUUCCUCUCCAGAGGAAGGGAGAAUUUGUGUAUCUGGUCAGUAGCAGGUCUUGGGGGCUCUGACUUCUCACUGCAGCUGGACCUGCCAUACGUGAAGGCAUCAUUCCAUGCCCAGUACAAACUUCAUCAGCCACAUGUGUGCAUUGUCUCUUUCUGUGCACUGUGGUCCUGUGUCACCGACCUGGCUUGAUAGUAUGUGACACUGACACCAGCUCAUGCCUCUUCCAUUGAGGUAGAGGUGGUUGAUGGAAACAGAGCUGGGAGUUUUCCCUCCCAGCUCCAUGAAUGAUUUCUCUGUUGUAUCUCAACAUGGCUGCACAAUUUUAGGAUGAACAAACUCUGCCAGCAACUUAGAAUUCUGAGUAUUAUUAGAUUUUUCCUUCACACCUCUUUAUGGAAGAUGCAUUCUACCCAGUAACAUGAAGUGAGGUGAGAAAAAAAAAGAUAAGGUUUAAGAAGCAUAAAAAAAAUGUGUGAUGUGUGUGUGUGUGUUUCACUUGAGCAUUCUUAGCUUACUUAGACUUAUUCCACUGAAAGAGGGUUGACCACUUAAAAUGUAAAUUAAUGUAGCAAACCUCUUCCAAGUUUUCCAAAACACUAUUUGCUCUGAUAAAAACACUUUCCAGUUCACACUAUAGAAAGAAAAUUCUUUGAGGCACCAUUUCUGAAAAUUAUGACUUCAAUCUGACUUUCCUUCUCACAAUUCCUGUUUAUUGUAUUUAAAAACUUAUAUAUUUUUUUGCUUGGUAAUCCACCAUCUUUUCUAUAUGAAAAGAAGCUUAGGUAUAUACCAAUACCAAAAGAUAGGAUGACCUUACAGUAUGUCUUCCAAACCAGAACACUUUUGAGAGAUAAAGAGGAUGUAAUAAUUCCUUAAGGACAGUAGGGCAAACUGGGACAGUCUGAUGAAACUAAAAUGUUUGGAGACCAAGGGAGACCAAAAAGCCAUAAGGACAGAUUGUCUGCUCACAGCUCAAUUAGACAAAUUACAACCAGUUUCUUCACUUUCUAACAUCCAGCAGGAGAGACACACCACAAGGACAUAGGCGUCCUGAUAUCCACGCUACUACCCAAAACACUGGCAGUCCAUCAGGUGUCUGGGCAUGGGCUGAGCUGGAAGGGCAGCUGAGCAGGCUGCGCUUGCAGGAAACCGGCACUGGGAAAUAAAACCUGGCGAUCAAACUCC